CAGCAUCGGAGAGCAUCAGCAUAGCGAGCAAGACUGAUUCUGAGCUGGUGCUGAUGAGCGCUGUUGCAGCGAUCCAUGCCCACACCAUCGAGCAACUGCUCUCUGCAGUCCUGCCUCUGUCAAUCGACAUGGACUACUGGGCGGCGCAGGACAGCGGCGCCAUAUCUCUGGCCUUGUACUUUGUCGAGUCUUUGCCAGCGCGCGCCUACGUCUGUAUCACAAAAGCUGCCGCUGCAAUGAUCGAGUUCGCGAUGCGCGAUAACGUCAGCCUAAGACAGGUUGCAGAAGAGCUGUACAACUUCCUGUCCACCAGGCUCCUGUUCCCUGAUCUGCCGCUUGUCCGCAACAGCUCGUUGGCGAGGCUGCCGCAGGUGCCCGAGAAAGUCAAUAUUCUGAGCCUGACCCGGCGCGAGGUGCGCGGCAAGCUGCGCGGUCUGGAACUGGCACGUAACAGUCUGGCACUGCAGAUCGGGCAGCUGUCACAGGCGUCUGCGGUUGACAACCAGACGGCCAUCUCAGUUACCGGGCUGGUGGAGCAGAUCGCUGAUAUCAUCAAUUCGGCUGACAGAUCCAGGUCAGAGCCCAUCUCGGUCCAGGGUGAUGCAGAUCUUGCCACAUUGGCUGCAAGCACGCUGGACAUGGCCAGACGCAUCAACAGCCUGUCAUCCAGCCAACUGCACAAGAUCAAAGCAUACAGACGCCCGUCACUGUUCACACGAGCGUGGCUCCCCGGAAUAGUAGUCCUUUGCAGCGUACGGUACUUGUCGCAGUAUAUUUCAGGACGCAGCGAGGACAUCGCCAACUGGGCGAAGGACAGCCUGACAACUAUGUGCAACUAUGUGUCGCAGUACAUCAUACAGCCGCUCCGAAGCGGCUACGAGACCAUCCGUUACGGCAAGCACACUUACAGCGUCACCACCGAGGAAUCACUGGUGUCAGACUUCCAGUCGCUGGAGGACAUGGUUGUGCGAUUUGCCUCCCGUUUCGGCAAUUCCGAUGCUACGGCUAUCCGCCAGCGUGUAAUGGGGGGUGACCUGUCUGACGUCAUGAGUGUCUAUGCGCGCGAGAUGCAGCAGCCAUUCCGCAAUGUUCUGUUUGGCGACCUCGUGCAGGCCAUGCUGAUACAGGUGCAAAAAGUCAAAGUCGACGUGGGCCAGACCAUGGCAGCGCUUGACAAGCUGCUCAAAUCCAACGAGCUCAACUUUUUGCUGCUCUCGACGGUGCCAGCCACCCUGACGCUGUACUCUGCAGCCAGCUGGGUCAGCAGCCUGCUGUCGCGCUGGAUCAGCGGCGCCAGCCGGCAUGCGGUUGCAUCGAUCCAGGUCUCCAUGCGCGACAUUGACCGACUGCUUAACAUCGAUGAGUCGAAGCCUGUGCCGCCGGCCGUGCAGGGCCAGCUAAUCUGCCUCACACUUGAUUUGCGCCGCCAAGCCCUGGCAUUGCCGAAUGCCGCAGCCCCUGGCGUCCUGAGGCUCGGUCACAAUUGGCUGCCAGCUCCCCCCAGAGCGCGCUCGAUGUUCCUGCAGGAUGUUAGGGACCUUGAGAGUGCCAGGCUGUCUGGGCGCCAGAAGCGCCAAGUCAUCGAGCGCAUGCAUCGCACAUUCCGUUUCCUCUAGACCCAUCGCCUAUAAAUAUGCGCUUGUGUGACGAGGCCGUGGUCCGCUAAUGUUGUGUGGAGAGGAGGCACUGAACUCUCGUAAACCGGGGCCAAUAGAUGCCAGGCCGGCAAUCCUUCCUCUUAAAAAAAAAACUUGCUCUUAGCCUAUGUGCAUAAUCGCAUAAACAUUGACCGUUAAGCAUAGGCGAGAAACUGGCUGAGGCUCAUAGGCUCCACGCCCAGACACACUGGUUCUUUUUGCCGUUUUUUUUUUUUUUUCGCUUGACUGGACUACAGACCGGAUAGAGCAGAGGCGACAAAAGGUGGUUGUUAGUGGCAGUGGACCAGCUGCAAUCAGUGCA